AUGGGAAAACCCAACAGUACAUAUGUUAUGUACUCAGUGAAACUAAAAGAUAACGAACUUGGAGUUAGUCAAACAUCAGAGGAAGAUGACGUAACACUUGCCAAGAGACUCGAAGAUAGGCUGGCUACAAAGAGUAAUGAAGUCAAACCAAUAGCGAAGUCGACUACAUCAGUCAUGGACAAGGAGAAGAAAAAGCCGACUAUCUCAGCCAAGGAGAAGAAACUUACUCCAAAAAUCACAUACACCCCUCAGAAGCCAUCCAGAACUGAAAACCCAGUUGAAAAAGAUUGCCCAACAGAGAAAGUUCAGAAAAAGGAUGGCGAGAAUGUGAGAAAGAGAAAAGCUAAAGGUGAUCCAAAUCUGCAAGAACUUACUAAAAAAGUGAAGAAUGCACGCAAGUUGUUGAGCCUAAGGAAAUCUCCGUUCUAUAAGGAUUUGAGUUCACAACAAAGAGCGCUUCUCUCUCCUUUUUUUGACAAAGCUACCUCAAUCAACAGUGCUUGGAAAGCUCCUGCUGUGAUUGGUCAUCACAUAUUAUCUGCAGAGACAUUUGAAGAUCUGCUACAUAACAGGGCUUUAGAGGGAGAUCUUAUAAAUUACUGGCAAUACCAACUGAAAAAAGCAUAUCAUAAUGAGCAACCGGUGAAUGGACAGAGAAAGUACAUUCCAGUACUCCACAUUGAUCCAACAGGCUGGUUUUAUUUAAGUGACCCAGUACAUCAAGUAGCAGCAAACACUGCUGUCUUCUUACCCAUCAGGAAUAUGGAGGAAGGAACCAGGAAGAUUAUUAUUCCAAUGUCACACCAAAACGUGCAUUGGACGCUUCUUGUGUAUGAAUGCGAGAAAGGCGAAUUCUUCCACUACAACACUUGGGAAGCUGUAUCCAAAAACGAGUGUCUCGAUAAUGCUAAUCUUAUGGCAGAAUACUGCUUGUUAGAAAUUAAUGAACGCUUGUCGAGCCUGCGCCUUCCACUUGUAAACAGAGUAAAGAUGAUUAGUUACCCAACACCUCAACAGGGAGACUGA